GCUCAAGCCUUCAAAAGCUGCAGUUUCGUCCGCGUUUCUGUGAAAUCCCGCAGAUGUGUGCGGGGAUCGGUUCAGAGUCUAAAGGCCUUCAGGAGCGCCGCGGCUCGCGCGCGUUUUUACGCACCACUUUCAUUUGAAACUUUUUCAAACCGACUUUUGGUGAAGAUGUCAGCCACGCGUUUGCAGCCGCUGUCCCACCGACACCUCCAGCUUUUAGGCCCGAGGCGAAGCGUGCUGUUAGCCGGUGUCGGGUCGAGAUCACUGACUUCUCCCCUUCUGUCCUCCUCCAAUAGAGCUUUAUCGAGUCUGAGCACCACCCGGCGCGGGCUUCCCAAAGAGAAAAUGUCAGAGAACGGGAUGAUGUCUCGGGCCAAAGUUCUGACCAUCGACACCAUGAACCCCACGGUGAAGAAGGUGGAGUACGCAGUCCGGGGUCCCAUAGUGGCGAGAGCAGUGGAGCUAGAGAGGGAGCUGAGUGAGGGAAUGAAGAAGCCCUUUUCAGAGGUCAUAAAGGCUAACAUCGGUGACGCCCAUGCUAUGGGUCAGCAGCCGAUCACUUUCUUCAGACAGGUCCUGGCUCUCUGCUCCUACCCUGAACUGCUGAGCGACAGCACAUUCCCAGAAGAUGCUAAAAGUAGAGCAUGCAGCAUUCUGAACUCCUGCGGAGGGAACAGUAUGGGUUCCUAUAGCCCCAGCCAAGGCAUCGAGUCUGUGCGUCAGGAUGUGGCUCGUUACAUCGAGCGGCGGGAUGGCGGUGUGCCCUGUGAUCCAGAUAACAUUUACCUCACAACAGGGGCCAGCGACGGCAUUGUGACGAUGCUGAAGCUGUUGGUGUGUGGCGAAGGCGCAACACGCGCUGGUGUCAUGAUCUCCAUACCUCAGUAUCCCCUGUAUUCAGCUGCGCUGGCCGAACUUGGUGCUGUGCAAAUCAAUUAUUACCUUAACGAGGAGAAGUUCUGGAGCCUGGACAUCAGUGAGCUGCAGCGAGCUUUGGAUGAGGCCAGGCUCUACUGCAACCCCCGAGCUCUGUGCAUCAUCAAUCCUGGAAACCCCACAGGUCAAGUUCAGAGCAGAGAGUGCAUUGAAGACGUUAUCCGGUUUGCUGCUCAAGAGCGACUCUUCCUCAUGGCUGAUGAGGUGUAUCAGGACAACGUGUACGCAGAGGGUUGUCAGUUCCACUCUUUCAAGAAGGUCCUGUUCGAGAUGGGACCGGAGUACUCGGAGACUGUUGAACUAGCAUCGUUCCACUCCACCUCCAAGUGCUACAUGGGAGAGUGUGGCUUCCGUGGCGGCUACAUGGAGAUCAUAAACAUGGACGACGAUGUGAAGGCACAGUUGACCAAGCUGCUAUCAGUUCGUCUGUGUCCUCCGGUUCCUGGACAAGCUUUAAUGGACCUGGUGGUCAACCCCCCGCAGCCCGGGGAACCUUCAUACGAAAGAUUUAUCAAGGAACGAACGGCCACAUUGAGUACCUUAGCAGAGAAGGCCAAACUCACGGAACAGGUUCUGAAUACCGUCCAAGGCAUCAGCUGCAAUCCUGUGCAGGGCGCCAUGUACUCUUUUCCUCGCAUAACCAUCCCUGAAAAGGCCGUGAAAGAGGCCACGGACAUGGGACAGCAGCCUGAUAUGUUUUACUGCAUGAAGAUGCUGGAGGAGACGGGAAUCUGCCUCGUUCCCGGAAGUGGUUUUGGUCAGAGGGAGGGAACCUACCACUUCAGAAUGACCAUCCUGCCACGAACAGACAAGCUGAAGAUCCUGCUGAACAAAGUCCAAGAGUUCCACCUGAAAUUCACCCAGCAGUAUUCCUAAACACAUCCCCACCCACGGUGGGAUCCUGCCAACCACAUCAAAAAAGUAAAAGCCAGUCAGAAUAUUUCUGUCUCCAAUAAGUGCCUUUACUGCGGUGGCCCUGGUGGUCUCCGUAGCGACGCACUUGGAUCUUCAUCGCAGUCGGACAUUUGUGGACUUCACUCACAGGGCUUUUGUUGUGCGUCAGACCACAAAAGACAAAAGUAGAAAUGGAAUAAUUCUGACCCGUUUCAUUGUACAAAACUGUGUCUGUGGUGUUUAAUUGUUGGAGGUUUGUAAAUACUUAAUGUGAAAAUGUCGGAAAACUUAAACGCAUCAAUGUGAAGUUACUAAAACAAGGUAAAACAGCUGAUUCUGCUUCUUAGACGUAACUUCAAAUCUUCAUUUCUGCUGAGCAUACUAUACAGGACAGACUCCUGCUGCAUGCUGUUUAGGUAAAACAUAUAGGUACGUUUCUAAACUUGUUUCAGGAAAAUCAUCAUUUUUUUCAUUUAUGAGCACUCAUGAUGAUAUCUUUGUCCCUAUUGAUAUUACUUUUAUUUAUAUUGCUGUACUGAAGGUGUUUUAUGUCCCAAAACACCUUUGGAAAAUCAAAUUUCAGUAAUUUUACUUGUUUACUUUUAGAAAACAAAGUAUUAAAUAAGUGGUCCCUUUUUUUAGUCUGAGUUUUUUUUUAAUAUAAUUUUUUAAUGUGAAAUUAAUUUUAAUGGGUUAUUUCCCACCAUGUUUUUAUUGUAAAUACAAAGUUAGCUUCAAAUGUAACCAGUGCUUUUACGAUUAGCGAGAUUCUACAUUGCUUAGAAUGAACAAGGACAUGUUUACCUUUUUUUGUUAACUUUCUCACUUCAAGCGAAGAAACUUUACCCUGUUGGACGUGACGUGCAGGGAUUUGCUGCUUCGUUCUAAAUGAACUUGUUAGGUCAAAGCCUGGAGUGUAACUUUAGCAGCUUCUUGAUUAAAGUUGCUGUACGAAUGAGA